AUUCUCUGCGGAAAGCCGUUAGAUGUCACGUGCACACAAAGCCGCUAAGAGAUGAGAAUGACAAAUGGGAAGGACGGCGGGGACAGAAUCCGCAGUGACUUCAUCUUCCAACCUCCGCCCCACACCACCACCACCACUCUCUCAUUAUCUCCAAUUUCUUUCCCUCAAUAUAAAAACCCAUCUCCACUCCCUAUCAUAUACUCGCUUCUCAAAGACAGAGACCCAGUUGGAGAAAAAUGUCUGAUUGGGGCCCUGUUUUCAUAUCAGUGGUGCUGUUUGUGCUCCUAACUCCUGGGCUGCUGUUUCAGGUUCCAGGGCGGCACCGGUGUGUCGAGUUUGGGAAUUUUCACACCAGUGGUGCUUCUAUUAUGGUCCAUUCUCUCCUUUACUUUGCUCUCGUUUGUGUCUUCUUGAUUGCUGUUAAGGUUCACUUGUAUCUUGAUUAAUUAGCCAGUGAUAAUGUUAAUGAAUAAGUAGUUGAUGUUUUCAUAUAGGUUCUGGGUCUUUUGUAAUCGAUCUCCUCAAUUCUUUGUUUAGUUCAAGUGAUUGUAUGAGCUAUUUAUAAUACAUAAUUUCAUGUAUUUGUAAAUUUUCAAGGUUUAAAUUAAUUCAAUUAGUAUUUGAAGUUCAA